AUGAAACCUGACGGGUCUCUGGAUGCUCCCUUCACUCUGGAUGACGACCCGCCUAGUUAUGUACCUGCGCCUACAGUGCGACGGCGCCAUCGCCAAACGCUUGACCAAGAUGGGCUUGAGGAGAUCUCCGACGCGCAGCAAGCUGCAGCUGCAUGGAAGGAGGUCGCCGCACGGAGACAAACGAAACAAAGACACCGGGAAAACAUGAGCAGUGAUACGUCUGGAGGAGAUAGUAUUACGAAGGACAGCAAUCUCACAAACAAACCGCGCGACCGGACGUCGUCAUCCACGAAGUCUGUUGAGAUUGUUGAUCUUUCAAUCGAUGAAGACGAACCGCCAGUAUCCGGACAAGCAACACAAUCAGGCGCAAGCACUAGACCGGCCAGUGAUGUCUCUGAGAACCCACAAGAACAAGCCCCUGCCAGUCGCAGAGAUGUAGUUCCCGAGUCGGACGACGCAACACCGGACGAUGAUAGCGGCAGCAUGACUAUCCCCUUGCCUAAUAAGUCGCCUGAGCCAAACCUUUCAGCCAUACAAAGACUGCCGCAGAAACAGAAAGCCAUCAAGUCAGUGAGACGAAGAGAUGAUGUGACCUCGGGUCCUCCACAGCUGCCUGUCAGACCACCGCGUCAGUUUGCGGCUGAUCACCCGGACAUAGCAAAACUAUUUUACAAGCCUCUCGACCUGGGCUCGAAUACUAGUAUCAUUGCUGAUAGCGCGCCUGCGCAGACGGAGGAAGAAUCCGUCAGGGAUGCCAGUCCUGUGGAACGCAGCACAACGCCGACACAAUCGCCGCCACCGCCACCUCACGAUGAGGCAGGCGAACCUGCACCGGGGCGUGCCAUUAGCUCGACACCUUUACUGUCCCGUUCUGCUACCCCUACUGCCCUGCGCCCUGUCGAGGCAUCAGCAGAGCCGAUCCGGCCCUCUGAGGCGCCAUUGCCAGUCCCCGAAAUUAUGAUUCCAGAUGUACCAGCUCCGGCAACAAUCGUCAGUACUCAUCCAACCAUCCAACCCGAACACCUUCGGGUGCCUGUCGAGAACGAUGGUGGUAGGACAAGCAAGAAGCUCUCACUGCAAGCGGAUGUGCUCGUCACUACACGCUCAGCUGUAGAAGCGUGUUUGAAACGUCAUGUGGCAGAACGACAUGAAUUACAUGCAUACCUGGUGGAGACGAAGAUGCGGAAUCAGAGAACAUUUCAAGAACAAGACCUACGCGCCUGGUCCCGUAAGCAGAAGCGUCCACAACAGCCCAUCCUACCCGAAAAGUACAUCCAGAAGACUUCCCCCUUUGAGAACAUGCGUGCUAUACAAGUGCCGUUCGACAGGGCCAACGCCAAGCGCCUCGUGGAUAUGAGUCAGGAAACAUUCAUCAAGGCCAAACCCAAGGACACAGUGGUCAAGUCAAGCCUAGCCGUACCCACUACAAAGUACAAGAGCGAUGCGCCAAAGAUUCCUCCUUUCAAAGAGUAUGUCAGUCUGAGGAACAACGUUCUUAAAGACAAUGAGUCAAAAUUACUCGCAACACCCUAUUUCCAGGACGAAGACUAUCGUGGUCGCGAGGUUCUGCUGGAUACGCUUCCUUACAUGUACGAGAUGACGCAUGACGAGAAGGGGCCGCUAGACUUCCGCAAGGAACAGUGCCGGUUCUACGAUAAAGCCAUCGAAGCAUUCCUGUCUGAGAUAGGCAUCACGUGGAACGAUAUCCUGUUUUGGUUACUAGCCCCGGAUCAAGACAUUAUACGAAUCAACGACUCUUUGAAUGGAAGCAAGCAGUUUGAAGCACAGCUCCUCGAAAGAUCACGAUAUCACAUUGAGGAGUUUGAGAGAGACGGUGAGCCGAAGAAGGCUAUUCUGUUUGACAGGAACAACAAAAAGUGGGAAGAGUUUGUCGCACAGCUUGAAGAGCCGAUCCCGAGUGCUCUGAGACUUGCGGCAACAGCUUCUGCAGCGGUAUUCAAAGAAUGUGAAUUCAGCAUCUGGUACUUAGCUCAACAGUCCAAAGCUGUACAGAGUCUCAUACAGAAGAAGUCUGCACAUCAGCAGUCUUCCAAGCACUCAACGUACAAAAAGAUCAUGUGCAGAGUGUGCCAUCAACACGAUUGCCUUCUUCAUGGCGAGAUCAGACAAGUACCCGAGGAUUCCUGGAAGACGGACUCGGAAGACGAAGAACGCGCUACACAGGCGACUGAUGAUACCAGUCGUCGAGGCUCCAACAACAAAACUCCGCGCCGUGUGUCGAACUUUAGCAGAGACGACACCGACGAUGAGAACGAACCCGGCGACCCCUUGCCCGCACAUUUUGACUCCGACUCCGACAUUGAGAAGGUCAUAAACUAUAAGCUUCCUGCAAACCCAAGCGCUUUCGAGUCUUGUUCAGAGACGGAGAUGAUUACUCCCAAAGGUGCAAAACCGCCACCUGCACUUGGUGGCUGA